AUGGCAACCUGCCGGAGAGUGCAGUGUGUGGUGUGGAGUGCGUUAUUACUGAUCCUGGCGAGUCCUUGCACGGCUGCUCCAUUGGGAUCCGGGAUCCAGCCAACUGACAGCUCGCUCGAUCCAGUCCUAUGGAAGGAAGCGAUUGGCGAGGAUGUCCAGCGUACGAAGCGUAAGUUCCGGCCCGAAGAAUGGGCGGCGGCCAACGCCAUCCUGGACCUGCUAGAGCAGCUGAAACGCAUCCGGCAGGUCUCACCAUCGAGGCCGAAAUCGACAACUACCUCGACGACUACCUCGACGACCACCUCGACGACCACCUCGACGACAUCCACGACGACGAAGGCGACACUUCGUAGCAAACCCCGAGCAGAUCGAAGCCGGAGUUCACGCCGAGAAGACGAUGACGUGCCGCAGUUCAACCCGGACGGUACGAUCAUGCUCCAGCUGCCGGGGAAGCUGUUCGGUAACGCGACCAACUUCGUGCUGGCGGCUGCCAAGUUGUUCGGUGACUUCAUAACGAAUACGGCCAUACGUACGGCGCGGUUCAUGCAGCUGUUCCAACCGAUCGCAGGUCGCCAUUUGUUCAUUCAAAUACCGACACCGGCUCCGUCGGGGGUGGACUCCUGA